UGAGAGAAUGGGGUCAGUUAUGAUGAUUCCCACUUUCCUCUUCCUGAGUCUCCUUGCUGGAAGCUUGGCUCAAAAUCCAGAGUUAAGUUCAGAUGAAAAUUAUAAUUACCCUGAUUUAUGGGAUGAAGUUAGUGGGGACAUAUCAGAAUUCCCAGUACAAAACAACAAAAUAAUCAUUGAUAUUUGGAAAUAUGUUGACCGAUUGAGAAUGUAUAAGAUUCUUUUCAACAAAUCAGACGAAUACUUUUUUCAGUUAGGACAAAACAAUACAGGGAAUGCUUUGUGGGCACUCAACAUGUUUUUCGGAAGACUGUAUAAGACGGAUCGACUUUCAGAACCUUCUGAUAGUUCAGUCUGUGCUUAUGGGAGUGGCUGCAUAUCGAGCAACAGUGGCUGGGGAGGUGUUAACUUCUACGUGCUUAGUAUAAAUUUCCUUGCGGCCGUUGAAUCUGGGUUUUUGGGAGAUAUACCCUAUGAGAUAGAGUUUGUACGUGGAAAAGAACGCAGAUCUGAUUACUGUUACUCACUUCGUGAAUGUCGUGCAGCCCACCCAAUGGCUAUGAAUUUGGGCAAAAGAUAUUACCAGUAUUUGCAAUCCAAGACAGCACCACCCACUGCUGAAGAUACACUUGAUACCACAGCAAUCGAUUACAUGUGGGACGUCCAUCAAGCUGGUGUUGAUAUAGCAACAGCGAAAUUCAAAAGCAUAUCAGAAUAUUCUUCAGCAGCUGAAAGGGAUUUCACCAUGGACUUUCUACUUGCCAUUGAAUUUUGUGAGGCUGCUCAAUAUCGCCCCUACUUUGAAAGUGCAGCAGAAUUACUAGAGGGAUUCCCACAUAGGCCACUCACAGACGAGGAUGCACAAGACCUCCCGGAUGACUUCAGCACACGGCAAAAAGCAAUGCUGGUUGCAGUAAAACUCAUCAGAACAAUAAAUGACUUUUCAGGUGGCCUGUUUUUAACCCUUUGGAAGAAUCUCAUGGCAUUAUCAGAUGUGAACAAGGCCUUGGGGCGGUUCCUUAUCAAACGGCUACUCUUAAUACCCAGUUUUUGGUAGCCUAACUUAGGUGUUACAAAUACGGUGAUUUAGAAAUUUAUGUAGCAGAAUUAAAAAAUCAAUACUGUAAUUAAAAUUUAGUGAAAUCUUUGCUCCUUCUAGCCCUUUUGAUGCUUUGAAUGUCUGAAAUUUUCAUCCUAGAAUCUCUCUACUGACUCAGUAAUUUAUGAACUACUCUACCACAAAUUAAAUAAAAA